CCCUCCCAUCCAUGGACCGUAUAGACAUAAGGGUAAUGAGUCGGCUCAGUCACUGCACAAAGAAUUGAUAUUCCAGACUUGAAGCAGUACCCAGAGUAUUUCCCUUUAUUUCCCACUGCUUCGAACAUUCAUAUUCGUUGCGACAUCACGAGCACACUUUAGCAACCACCAUGCUCACUGAUGAUCUAAACGGCGCUUAUCGCUCCGAACGGCUUAUUUUUCGAGCCGUGGAAAACAACGACGAGGAUAAGAAGUUCCUACACACUCAAAUCGAGAAUGACCCAGUCACUGUCGCCCUCUCCAACCCGAUGGCACUGAUGCCGAGGACUAGCAAGCACAGCGAGUGGAUGGUUGAGCAAAUGGCCAAAUCUGUUCUCUCUGUCAUGGUUUGCCUUCCAGCAGAUACUUCAGGCGACGACGACGAGGAAGUUGACGAAGCGAAGACGGCUGCGCCAAAACCCAUAGGAUACCUAGCGAUCGGCUGGGGUGGUAUCCCUCCGGCAAUGGCCCAUCACCGAUCAGUCGGCCUCGGGAUCGCGAUAGCACCACAGUACCAAGGAAAGGGCUACGGGGCCGAGGUUAUCAACUGGGCUCUCGACUGGGCCUUCAGGUAUGGAAACUACCAUAGGGUUCACCUUGGCACUGUCUCCUACAAUGAGCGAGCGCAGCACUUAUACAAGAAGCUUGGUUUCGUGGAAGAGGGCCGUAGUCGUGAGUCUUAUUGGUUUGAUAGACAAUGGUAUGAUAUGAUUAGCUAUGGAAUCCUGGAAAGUGAAUGGGAGGCUAUGAGGGGCAUCAAGUCUGGGUAA